AUGACAGGCCCACAAGUAAAAAGUUCAAAACCUCCAAAGUUACCUACUCAGGUAACUAACGAAGAUGAGAAAAUUUUUGAAAAAGAGGAACAUCAGGUAAUCCAUGAUGCCUUUAUACAAUUGCUAAAAAACAAAGUACAACCUAAAGAAUUAAAGGAAGAUGACGAGGCAGUACUCGCUUUCAUGCUAAGUCAGAAUCAAAUUAUAUUCAAUAAUGUCAAGCUAGAAGAUGUAGAACCACUCAGUGAAGAGAAUUUUUCUCAGUUUUUACUUUCCGUAUUUGAGAAAAUUAGAGAGAAAAAAUUAGCUAAUGAGGAGAAUCUCAAGAAUGGUAAAAUAAAAGAAGUAGUAGAUGACUGUGUAGCUGAUAUACGCGGUACAGAAGCUAAAGAUUCAUCCAUAAAGUUUGUAUUGGAAAUGCUGCUGCUGCUAAUUGGAGGGAUCAAAAUAGACCCGAAAAAUAUUUCUGGCUCCUUUAUGGAUGGGAUGAAAGAAAAAAUACCAUUCUUAGGUAAAGAUAAAAAAGAAGAGGAUGAACCACCACUCAGUGAUGAAGAGAUGGUAACAACGUUCUUAAGCAAGAUCUUUUUUCCUGUCCUUCUUUCCACUAUUCCAAUGUUAAUUUUUGGUCCUACUACACUCGGAGUAGUUCUUACUGCUAUCGGCACAAUAUUUGCCAUAAAAGGAGGAGUGGAGGUUCUUUUUUCAAAUGACAAAAAAGGUACUUUGUAUAACCCUCAUUCACGGGAUGAAAAGGAAAGAAAAGAAUGGGGUAAUGAAAUUAGCGAUGGCAUCAAUAAAAUUUUAGGAACCCCAGUCGAGAAGGCUAAAGGGAGUGAGCAACCCAUUUCUGUUUCUGAACAAAUUUCCCAAGGAAAAGAAAAGAGUGAACAACAACCUGUUCCUGAGCAAAUUUCCCAGAGAAACAACAGGGAAAACGAAAAGAGUGAGCAGCGCGAUCAAUCUUGGACAGGAAAGGAAAACAAACGAAGGGAAGAACCACAGAGCAGCAAAGCACAUACAACAGGAGUAUGGUCAGACGGAUUUUCUAGCUUACGCAAUCUAUCAUCUAUGUAGCAUGUUUCCAAUUUAUC